ACCUCGCGGUUCUCCGUAACCGUGUUCGAUCUUUCGCGAUGGACGCUAAAAAAGACGAAAAAUUCGAGCGAGGCUAAGACAAGAAAGAAAGGAAGAGAGAGAGAGAAAGAGAGAGAUGGUUUGGUACAAUGAGAGGUCGAUCAAAGCAGCGGAGAAACGACGUGGGUGGACCAUGGUAGGCGGAGUUGAAACCUCGAGAAAACCUCCAUUUUGUUCGAGGAGGGCGGUCUCGGUGUUCCACCUUCCCCUCUACCAGGUGGUACCACCUUGGGACACGAUCGACCCUCCUCGAGGUGGAGGGAACUCGGACGCGAACAUUGCCGAACAGGAGUUCGCGAUACGCGUGUGCUUGCUGCCGCUUCUCGUAUCCGUUCGUCGCGUGGUUCCGUGGAAUCCGCGGCUUCGUCAUUCUCACCUGUUCCUUCGACCCUUCGUCGACAACUGUCAAGUCGCGCGAUAUUCUUCGCUUUUUUCCCGCUCCGUCGAACCGAUUCGAGAUUCCAACCGUGAUUCCAACCGUCGGCCAUCGAUUUUUGGUGAUCUUUCAUCGUGUCGUCAAUUCGCGAUUCGCGAUAUUGUUGAAAUGUGGAAACGAAGGAAAGAGAAAAGAGAGAAAGGAAUGUGAUGGAGAUAUUCGGGGGAAGUUUGAUGACGAUGAGAAGGAUAUAAUAAUCGACGGAUAGAGAGAGAGAGAGAGAGAGAGAGAACGCGAGAAGAAAGCGAUGAUCAUUGACCGAGGUAUCGAUUCGAUUCGAUCGUUGAAUCAGAUGGAUUACGAUAAAUUCGCCUCUCGUGAAAAUUGUUCUGAUUAUCGAGCGAUAAUCACAACAGAGGAAAGGUCGAGCGACAAACACGGCUCGAUCCCCGUGUUCCAUUGAUAUUAGGUAACGCGCCACACUGCGUAUACAAACAUCGUGCACGAAGCAACAAUAUAUACUGGCAGUACGAUACACCGAUUCUACUAGUGUGCAAUGUUACGCGCCGCUGUUAACAAUCGCGCCGAGCGUUCUCCGUUAUUCUUAUUCCAUGUUUCGCGGGAUUCUCAAGAGGAUAUGGAUUCAACCGAAUUUCCAAGGAUAGCGUCCAAUUUUCGAGAUCGAGCAACAGAUUUGCGAGGAUCGAAAUCGGAACGUGUAAAUUCGGCGAGUCGCAAAAUCUACAAUUGAGUCGAACUGAUUGAUCACGCUUGUAAAUGUAGGAUAAAUAUCAAAUUUCCUGUGUACUCGAUCGAAAGGAGGCCGAUAAGAAUUUGAUAUUUCGUUGAAAAGGCGAUAAGAGGAGCACAUGGUCGAUUCGUAUCGCUCGUGGCGACCACGUUUCAAGUUUGCGUUCGUAUACGCGAUCUGUCGAAACCAAUUUGCCCAAGUUGACGACGAUCAAUCGAAGUUGCGAACGUCGAAGCGUCGAACCUCCGCCGAGCAUUCGUCACGAGUUUCUCAACUGCGCCUCGCAACGACAAAUGUCUCUCCACGAAUCCCGUCUUUUCUUUACGAACAAUCUCUCGAGUUCUCCUCGGGCAGAAAGAGAAGCGUUCGGAACGCGGAAAGGAGUAGAGCGACAUUAUUUUUAGACCGGGCGAUAACCAGAGAUCGGACCACGAAGAAGUAACGAUACCAAUCGUUAAAGAUUAUCGAUUAGCCGGGUGUUUACGAUGCGGAGGGACGAAAGAACGGUGAAAUAUCGGCGCACGUUGUGAAAGGGACGUCCGUGCCAUGCCUCUGUCCUUCCCUUCGUCACGAUUCGACCAGUGAAAACACGCGCGGCGGCCAACCAUGGAUCUCAGUACGACACCGAGAAGAAUAACGGAGGGUGUGGCAGACCUUCAGAAGACCCGCGUCGCGAAAAGCGUCUUCAGUAUCCGGAGUUUGGUCGAUGUCGGGGACACGGAUCUUUCCGAGGUCGAAGACAACGAGAAGAUACAAAAUCAUUCGAUACGAGGAGGAGGAGGAGGAGGAGGCGGGGGCGAGCAAGCUGUCCCGCAGACAAGCCCUGCGAGCAGCACGAGCAGCUCGAGCCAGGUGAAUCAGGUGAGCCUACAACAGGUGAGCCAGCAAGCUCACCAGCAACCGCCACCUACCACGACAACACCUCAAUCGGCUCAAAUGGGAAUCUCUACGGAAGAGGUGAGAGCCGAGGAAGAGAGCAACCACCCUAGAGCAGCGCCGACCAGCCCUGAAAGCGAGACGGAGGUCGACGACUUCGCGCCGAAAAGGAAACAGCGCAGAUAUAGGACUACCUUCACCAGCUUCCAAUUGGAGGAACUCGAGAAAGCUUUCUCGAGAACUCAUUAUCCCGACGUGUUCACCAGAGAGGAAUUAGCUAUGAAGAUCGGUCUUACAGAAGCACGGAUACAGGUUUGGUUUCAGAAUCGACGCGCAAAGUGGCGGAAGCAGGAGAAGGUCGGGCCCCAGGCACAUCCGUACAAUCCGUACUUGGGAUCGAGUGCGCCACCAGCGUCGGCGGUCGUCGCGCCGACCUUGCCCAACCCUUUCGCCCACCUGAGCACGUUCGCCCUGCGGAAACCGUUCGACGCGUUUCGUUACCCGCCUCUGGGUCACGGGCCGGUCCUCCCCGGUAGUUACACCGCUCAUCCCUAUCAUCGCGCGCCGCCACCUUUGCUGCCACCCGGGAUGCCCCUGCCUUACACGUCGGCGGCGUCCUUUCAAAGCCUGCUCGCCAACAUAUCCGCGGCCCAGAGGCCCAAAUUGGUCCGCGGCUCGCCGCCGCCCCCGCCCCCGCCGGCGCCCGCGAUCGGCCUGCCGCACCCGCAGGUCCCGCCGCCCCCGCCCCAGGCCAGCUCGCCCCAAGGCUCGCCCACGGCUGCCACCGUGGGGCUGCCCGACAUCGACAGACGAACCAACAGCAUCGCCUCCCUCAGACUCAAGGCCAGGGAGUACGAGCUACACCUCGAGAUGCUUCGCAAGAACGGGGAUCUCAUCAGCUGAAGAGUUGGGUCAUCUUAGAUCGUUCCGGAAAGUUUUAGGAAAUGUUCGUUCGUUUUUUACAUUUUAGAUUUCACCUUACGUUGUUAUUAUAGCCGGUGUAUCGGCUCCUCCGCGUCCAUUCGAUCGGAAAAAAUGAUCUCUUCUCGUCGAGAAAUCGAACGAUUCUUCCUCCCUUUGAUCGAGGUACACGGUAAACGAUGAAACAACUGGAGGGGAUACAUGGUUCAAGACAUGGAUUACGAAAGUUUCGAAACCUCGUCGACGAACCUGAACGCGCGAGCGAAGAAUAAUUCUUCUCCUUCGUCGUUGUUCGCCGAGGGAAUGGGUACGUCAGUGCGAUGAUGAUUACACAUCGACCGAUAUCAAACUGUAAUUGCGCGCCUUCUCGAGCCCGCAUAUUUUGUAUGUUUCGUACAAGAUACGAACCAAAGAACUCGCUUCGAAGUGGUUGAACACACUUUGUAAUACCGUUUGUAAUCGCGCGUACGCGAAGGAAGGUUGAGAAUUGUAGAAUUAUCCUUCUUUCUGUGAUCACUUGUGCCUUUGUUACUUAAUAUAUAAUACAGUUAGAGACAACUCUGAAAAAGCUCGAUCCUUUUUCUUUUCGAAUCGCGUAUCGACGAUCAUCGAUGAUACAUUAUAAAACGAUCCAUGUAAAUCGUACACGAACUUGGAUCGUGCGUUUACUUCGAUCGUCUCGAUCGAUCAUCGCCGUUUUACGCCGAUUCGAAGAUUCUCGAGCGAUUUUAGGCAACGUGUUUUUUUAGGCGAAAGAUUUCAUGCAACUAUACACACACACAUCACACAUACACACGCACACACACACAUACACGUACGCACACUCGUGUUAAUAAACCAACGAUUCCAUGCGUCACGUCCACGUUGACAACUUCGACGGCCAUUUAAGAAACGCACAAUUAGUGCACGAGUUUUUUCGGUGGAUGUUAGAAGUGUCAUUGCUCUUUUGCGUGGAUCGUGACCCAAUGAAUCACUUUGGUGACAGUUUUUACAAUGUCGUUCGUUACAGGAGAAACAACGAUAUACCUGUCCGUGUACAAAACGAGUUUCUUUCGGCCUUCCUCCUAAUAGAAGAACCUUCCUCGUCCCACAGAUACGAAUUCUGCGUUUAAAAGCGAUUGCGAAGAAAACAAGGAAUUAAGCGAAUAUAUCUCUUCGUAUACAAUUUUGUUGUAUAUAAUUUACAUUCGACGAGAGGCGAGUACGAACGUUGGAUUGUAACGAAUGUAUGUAAUGCAUACGCGUUCCCGUGAAAUUUUCGGAAUAUUUUUCAAAUUUGUCAUCCCGUCGAAAAUUCGCGAGAUUUCCCGCGGAUAACGUAACAUAUUCGUCGAAAGAAUUAUUUAUUCGCGAGAAACGGGACGGAUCUUGAAUUUUCAUAGGAUUGUUUUUUUUCCAUAGAAAAGAAAAAGAAAAAUUGCGAACGACACGAAUUUUUGUAUAAAUUUGAAAAAUAAUAAUCCGAAAAACAACGCACGGCCAUCGGCAAGCAUGUUAUCGGCGAGUCGCGAACCAGAAUAGAAUCGUCUACAUAUUAAUUAUUAUGUACAGUAGGAUUAUCUUUAAGGAAACAUCAUCGAAAGAUGUCCGUCCAGAAGAAAGAAUUCUUAGCAUUGCGAUUAAAAAAAAAUUUGCUCUCGAAUAAUCAACAUUUUUUUAACCGCUGCAUAAUUUUUAUUGUAAAUAUGAAGAAUUUCUUAUUUAGAAGAAAGAAGAAAAAGGAAAAAAAAAGAAAAAAGAAAAAAAAAUCGAGAAAAUGUAACGUCAAACGUGAGUUGAAAGAUUUUUUUUUUUCAAAACAAAAAAAAUCAUCAUCCGUCGAGAUUAUUUAAUAGAUGACCUAAUAAUGAAACGAGGACAGCUCGUGUGAUUCGAUUACUUUUACACAGACACGUUAUACGCAGUUUAGAUAAGAGAAAGUAUUUAUAUAUACGGCGUUCAUUAAUUCUUGGAUGUUCAUAUAUUAUAAGUUUUACGACUGUAUAAGCAUACUUAGCGUGUAAGUUGGCUGUAAAUAAUUAACGACGUAUGCGUAACUUUGUUGAAGAGAUCUUGUCCAAGUACAUAUCCGAUUGUGUGCAGCAUCGUGCGACAAUAUUAUAUGAAUGUUUCUCUCGGAAAGAAACCCUCGCUUUUCAAACGGAAUAACGUUGCACGUAUUCGUCGUCGAUAUCACGCGAGAAGGAACGUUACGAUUUUUAAAAAAAAUCCAUUUCUAAAAAAAGAAAAAAAAAGGAAAAAAAAAAAGAAUGAACAAGCAAGAGACGAUCUCUAAAAAAUUCUCUAACUUUUUUUAAAAAUUUAUAUUAUAUGAUUUCGUUUCAAGGAUCUCGAAGAAUAACGAAGAGAAUGCAACGUCGUCGAACAAUAUCACGUUCACAUUUUCCAUUUCGAGUAAAACGAGCAUUGGGUGUCCAUUGUAUACUUGAUUUCAUUCGCCCUUUUUACCUUCCUCUUUUUACGACGAAUAAAACGAAUUGCAAAGAAGAAAGAAAAAGAGUAAAGCGGGGGAAAAAAAGAAAGAACAAAAAAGAGAA